GCAGGUGCCGCUGCGCCGGGCCCCGGGAGCCUGCGCGCCGAGCCAAGUGGAUCCGCGGAGGGAUGGGGAGCGGGCGGCCCAGGCUGCAGGAACAUCAGCGCGGGGCGUAGGCGGGUCGAGCGGGCGUGAGCAAGCGCUCGGGCGAGAAGUGUGCGGCGCAGGAGCACUUUGCGAUAGGAUGAGGUUCUUGGCUGGCGCGCGGUAGUACUAUGAUUUGGUAUGUGGCCACUUUGAUAGCAAGUGUGAUCAGCACCCGAGGUCUUGCGGCUCAAGCUGCCCACGGCCUGCGAGAGGAGCCCGAGUUUGUCACAGCGAGAGCUGGUGAGAGCGUGGUUCUACGAUGCGACGUGAUCCACCCAGUGACUGGACAGCCCCCACCCUAUGUUGUGGAAUGGUUCAAGUUCGGGGUGCCCAUCCCGAUCUUCAUCAAGUUUGGAUACUACCCACCCCACGUGGACCCUGAGUAUGCAGGCCGAGCGAGUCUUCAUGAUAAAGCAUCACUGCGGCUGGAGCAGGUUCGCUCUGAGGACCAGGGCUGGUACGAGUGCAAAGUGCUCAUGCUGGACCAGCAGUAUGACACCUUUCACAAUGGCAGCUGGGUCCACCUCACCAUCAAUGCUCCUCCCACCUUUACAGAAACACCCCCCCAGUACAUCGAGGCCAAGGAGGGUGGCAGCGUUACCAUGACCUGCACAGCCUUUGGGAACCCCAAGCCUAUUGUCACCUGGCUCAAGGAGGGGACACUCCUAGGUGCUAGUGGGAAAUACCAGGUGAGUGAUGGGAGCCUGACGGUGACAUCGGUCAGCCGGGAGGACAGAGGUGCCUACACCUGCCGUGCAUACAGCAUUCAAGGGGAGGCUGUCCAUACCACCCACCUGCUUGUCCAAGGGCCGCCCUUCAUAGUGUCCCCUCCUGAGAACAUCACUGUCAACAUAUCCCAGGAUGCUCUGCUUACCUGCCGGGCAGAAGCGUAUCCCGGCAACCUCACUUACACCUGGUACUGGCAGGAUGAGAAUGUCUACUUUCAGAAUGACCUGAAGCUGAGAGUGAGGAUCCUGAUCGACGGGACCCUGAUCAUCUUCCGGGUGAAGCCUGAGGAUGCUGGGAAGUACACCUGCGUCCCUAGCAACAGUCUGGGGCGCUCACCGUCGGCCUCAGCCUACCUGACUGUGCAGUACCCAGCCCGUGUCCUCAACAUGCCCCCCGUAAUCUACGUGCCCGUGGGGAUCCAUGGCUAUAUCCGCUGCCCUGUGGAUGCAGAGCCACCGGCCACUGUGGUCAAGUGGAACAAGGAUGGCCGCCCCCUGCAGGUUGAGAAGAACCUAGGUUGGACCUUGAUGGAGGACGGCUCCAUCAGAAUCGAGGAGGCCACAGAAGAGGCUCUUGGCACGUACACCUGUGUGCCUUACAAUACCUUGGGGACCAUGGGCCAGUCUGCUCCCGCGAGGCUAGUCCUGAAGGACCCCCCAUAUUUUACGGUGCUACCGGGCUGGGAGUACAGGCAGGAGGCUGGCCGGGAGCUUCUCAUCCCCUGUGCAGCCGCAGGGGACCCCUUCCCUGUCAUCAAGUGGAGAAAGGUAGGGAAGCCUAGCAGAAGCAAGCACAACGCCCUGCCCAGUGGAAGCCUCCAGUUCCGAGCCCUGAGUAAAGAGGACCACGGGGAAUGGGAAUGCAUUGCCACCAAUGUGGUCACCAGCAUCACUGCCAGUACCCACCUGACCGUCAUCGGCACCAGCCCCCAUGCCCCAGGCAGUGUCCGGGUCCAGGUCUCCAUGACAACUGCCAACGUGUCCUGGGAGCCAGGCUAUGAUGGAGGAUUCGAGCAGACAUUCUCAGUUUGGUACGGACCUCUGAUGAAGCGGGCACAGUUCGGACCCCACGACUGGCUGUCUCUGUCAGUGCCUCCAGGACCCAGCUGGCUGCUGGUGGACGCCCUGGAGCCUGAGACAGCAUAUCAGUUCAGCGUCCUGGCACAGAACAAGCUGGGAACCAGCGCCUUCAGUGAGGUGGUCACUGUGAACACUUUAGCAUCCCCCAUCACUACUCCAGAACCCCUGGUGCUGGUUACCCCACCACGGUGCCUCACAGCCAAUCGGACCCAGCAGGGCGUGCUCCUGUCCUGGCUCCCUCCUGCCAACCACAGCUUUCCCAUUGACCGCUACGUCAUGGAGUUCCGUGUCGGAGAGCGCUGGGAGAUGUUAGAUGAUGCCAUCCCAGGCACUGAUGUAGAAUUCUUUGCCAAGGAUCUGUCACAGGACACCUGGUAUGAGUUCCGGGUUUUGGCCGUCAUGCAGGAUCUGAUCAGCGAGCCCAGCAACAUCGCCGGAGUCUCCAGCACAGACAUCUUCCCGCAGCCGGACCUGACCGACGAAGGGUUAGCGCGCCCUGUGCUGGCUGGAAUCGUAGCUACCAUCUGCUUCUUGGCAGCUGCCAUCCUGUUCAGCACUCUGGCUGCCUGCUUUGUCAACAAGCAGCGCAAGCGUAAGCUCAAGCGCAAAAAAGACCCUCCACUCUCCAUCACUCACUGCAGGAAGAGCCUGGAGUCUCCCCUGUCCUCUGGCAAGGUGAGCCCAGAGAGCGUCCGGACGCUACGGGCCCCGUCAGAAUCCUCUGACGACCAGGGCCAGCCGGCAGCCAAGAGAAUGCUGAGUCCCACCCGGGAGAAGGAGCUGUCCUUGUACAAGAAGACCAAGAGGGCCAUCAGCAGCAAGAAGUAUAGUGUGGCCAAGGCCGAGGCUGAGGCUGAGGCCACCACGCCCAUCGAGCUCAUCAGCAGAGGCCCCGACGGCCGCUUUGUGAUGGGUCCCUCCGAGGUGGAGCCCCCGGUGAAGGGCAGGCGCAUCGAGGGCUUUCCCUUCGCGGAGGAGACGGACAUGUACCCUGAGUUCCGCCAGUCUGAUGAGGAGAAUGAGGACCCACUUGUGCCCACAUCUGUGGCUGCCCUGAAGUCCCAGCUGACCCCUCUGUCAUCCAGCCAGGAGUCCUACCUGCCACCACCAGCAUACAGCCCUCGGUUCCAGCCCCGUGGGCUGGAGGGCCCCAGCGGCCUGGAAGGCCGGCUCCAGGCCACCGGCCAGGCCAGGCCCCCUGCCCCCCGGCCCUUCCAGCACGGCCAGUAUUACGGGUACCUCAGCAGCAGCAGCCCCGGGGAAGUGGAGCCGCCGCCCUUCUACAUGCCGGAAGUGGGCAGCCCCCUGAGCUCUGUCAUGUCCUCCCCGCCCCUGCACACUGAGGGGCCUUUUGGCCACCCCACCAUCCCUGAGGAAAAUGGAGAGAAUGCUUCCAACAGCACGCUGCCCUUGACUCAGACACCCACAGGCGGGCGCUCCCCUGAGCCCUGGGGUCGUCCAGAAUUCCCCUUUGGGGGUCUGGAGACCCCAGCCAUGAUGUUCCCACACCAGCUGCACCCCUGUGAUGUAGCCGAGAGUCUGCAGCCCAAGGCCUGCCUCCCCCGAGGACUGCCCCCCACCUCCCUGCAGGUGCCCUCAGCCUACCCGGGCAUGCUAUCUCUAGAGGCGCCAAAGGGCUGGGCAGGCAAGACGCCGGGCAGGGGCCCUGUGCCAGUGCCCACCGCCACCAAGUGGCAGGACAGACCUAUGCAACCUCUGGUGAGCCAAGGGCAGCUAAGACAUACCAGCCAAGGUAUGGGCAUACCCGUGUUGCCUUACCCCGAGCCAGCUGAGCCGGGGGGACACGGUGGCCCCAGCACAUUUGGCCUGGACACCCGGUGGUAUGAGCCCCAGCCCCGGCCCCGGCCCAGCCCCCGGCAGGCCAGGCGCACCGAGCCCAGUUUACAUCAAGUGGUGCUACAGCCCUCCCGGCUCUCACCUCUGACCCAAAGCCCCCUCAGCUCCCGCACUGGCUCUCCUGAGCUUGCUGCCCGGGCCCGGCCUCGCCCUGGCCUCCUGCAGCAGGCUGAUAUGUCAGAGAUCGCCCUACAGCCGCCGGCCGCUGUCAGCUUCUCUUGCAAGUCCACGCCGUCCACGGGCUCCCCGUCCCAGAGCAGCCGUAGCGGGAGCCCCAGCUACCGGCCCACUGUGGGCUUCACCACUGUGGCCACAGGCUACCCCUCCCCUCCUCCAGGCCCUGCAGGGCCUGCGGACAACCUGGAUGUGUUUGGACAGACGCCUUCCCCUCGAAGGAUGGGGGAGGAGCUGCUCAGACCAGAGCCCCCCCCACCACAGAUUUCUUCUUCAGGAACACAUCCACCUGCACCCGGGAACGCUGCUGCACCUGAGAGGCUGGAGGCUCUGAAAUACCAACGGAUAAAGAAGCCCAAAAAGUCAUCCAUCAAGGGCUCUUCGAAGUCAAAGAAACGAUCCGACGGUCCUGCCUCCCAGGCUCAGCAGCUUCCAAACUCUCAGGUUCUGUGGCUCGAUGAAGCUGUCUGCCUCCGAAAGAAGAAGAGACAUUCUCGGCCGGACCCCUUUGCCCGCCUCUCGGACUUGUGCCAUCGCCAGCUUCCAGAAGACCAGACGGCGAUCCUCAACAGCAUGGAUCACGAUGACCCCGGCCAUGCCACUCUGCUGUGAUGACGCAACUCUAAGUGCCCCCUGAGCGAGAAUGCUGGGCUGUGGGCCAGGGAGGGAUGUGUGGGGACAGGCUCUGGGGCCUGGGCUUCCCCUCCACGGAGACCUGCCCUGGCCGGUUGUUCUGGGCUGCUCAGACCUUUGUUCUGCCUGUUUAUACCGCAGGCAGUGCCACAGUCUCCUCCAAGCCUGGCUGCCUGGCCUCCUCUUCAGGACUUGGGCAUGGGGAGACCUUUUGGCUGUGGGUGGUGAUCAGGAGGUGAACUGGGCACAGGGAGAUGUCUGCCUCCUCCCCACCGCUUCCCUCUUCACAAGAUUGAUUUUCUCACCUGGUCAAAGGUCUUUGGCAGUGAAGAGGAAAGCGAUGGCUUUACUGCUCUCUGCCUCUGCUUCUGCUUCAGUUUUUUUAAGUGCUGGGAGAGGGCUAGACUUCCAUCCCACCUUCCAAACUCUACAUAUAUAUAGAUAUAGGUACAGAUGCAUAGGUAUGUAGUUUGUGGGUGUCUCUAUGUGUAUAUAUAUGUACAUUGAAGCAAAGUGCUGUUUAUUUCUGUGGUCAGCGAGGAGGAAGAGGGCAGCUGUCCUGUGGGCUUCGCGAGUAGGGCUGGCAGAGAGCUGGCCGGCUGCCCGGAUGUCUGUCUCAGGGAUUAUUCUUCCUGAAACAGGAUUCAUGCCUUCUCAGCUGAAUUCAUCAUUUGACUCACUACCUUCUCCCAUCCAGAGCAGAAAUGGGGGUUUGCCAUGCUUUCCAGCUGCCUGCUUUGGGGGUUCAGCGAUCCAUUACCACAGAACUAAACACAAGCCUCUAUUUCUUGAUUCUUGGGUGAAGAAAGGGUGGUGGGCGAAGGGCCACACUGGCAUCGUCCUCUACAGUUUGGCUCGGAAGUAGAGGCUGCUUAGCAGCAGGGCUGAGAAGCAGGCCCUGAGGCGCAAACUCAGCUCACCCAUCAGUCCCUCUGGUCCCGGGCCUUGGGGCCACAGGGCCCUCCAUUCCAGAGCCACCUGUGCUGAGCGCCAAGCUGCCGCUGCUCUAUUUAUAUCCCGCCUCUGGCUCGGCACCCUCUGGAGCGCUGAUCCGAGGCUGCUGAUUGGGUUCUUCCUUUCCUUUUGUGGGAGCUAAUUUCCUAGAUUGAUUAAUUGCCACUUGUGGGGAGCCUGCUGGUGCCUCCUUUCUAUGAUCUCCACGUGCUGCCUGUAGACUCUUCCCUGCCGUGGGCCUCCUCUACCCUGUGGCCCCGCCUCUAACAGAAUGGGGUCAGACGAAGCUGAGAUGCCUCAGACGUCUGGGUUCUGGGGGUGCUCACUGCUCCUGGUUCCAUUUAAGUGGGACUGGUUGAGGCAUGGGAAUGAAGGUGGAAGGGGUGGUAGAUAGUGGCGUGGGCUCUGAGCCUUCCUCUGCCAAGAUCUUAUCCUAGUUCCAACUAUCAGCACCUAGAAGCUUCUGUGAGGUCAUCUUAAAAUGACUAAAGAUGUAUCUCUCUCUUCCAAUAAGAUAAUGGUGCUGCCCCAGCACAGGCAGAAGGCCCUGAGGGUGGAUGGGGCACACCUGGUUUCUCUUCCCUUCUUGGCAGGAGCCUGUUCUUUUCGCUGCCAGGGAAUCGAGGGGGGCUAUCAGGUUCCUUGAAGUAUUUCCUUCUCGGUGCUGCUGUCUUGGUGGGUUUGGGGACAUCUACCUCUCCUUAGUCACCUGCUGAGACAUUGGCCAAGUGGCAGCACUGGGAGCAUUCGUGAGUCUCAUGGCCUUGUUGCCAGUGGCUCUGCCCCAUGGCCCAGGGCAGGUGGAAGCUACCCCUCACUGGGAGCUUCCAUCUUGGGGAGGAGCUCUUCUUUGCCACACAGACCCCGGUGCUUCCUUCCUCUCGCCUAGUGCUUGGGGGCCAAUUCCACCGAUGGGGUUCUGCCACAUAAGUCACAUGGCCACAGCUCAUUUCUGAAUGUGACAGAGUUGUGGUGAAAAGGGGAAGGGGGCAGUUUCUGGCCCUCAUCUUGCCAACCACCUCCUCUUUCUGGGGCUGGGCCUGUGCCCUCAGAGGGGGACCAGGACUUUCCUGCUAAUGCACUUCUCUGUGCAUCCAAAUCCACUGUACCGCCAGGCGACAGCUCCGGUGAAACGGAAGAGCUGAGCUGAGGUGACUGUCCUUCCUGAGGCAGCAUGACCUCUGCACUGAACCCCGAUCCAUGACUCACUGAAUACCUCUCCUAGGGCACGUGGGGCCUCCCUGGGUCGGUGGUGGCCUCUGUCUGUACUCUCACGACGUGCCAUUUCUCACCCUGGGCCAGAUCCUAACUGGAAUGUGCAUGUGGGAUGUCAAGGAUGUGGGUCUUCAGGAUGAAUGAGUUCAAACUUUCUAAGCCCUGUGUUUGGAAUUCUAGGCUCUUCAGGUUAUGAAAGGAGAAGAUGAGGGAAGGCUUUGCUUUGUUAGGAUGUCACACAGGGCCCAGAGCUAAAGCCUGGGCUGAGGUGCCUCAGACUAUGGCUGUGCUUUCCUGGGGGACCAGCAGUGAGCUGUUGCCAGUGCUAACAAAGGCGCUGGCUCCUUCUUUCUUUUCUUCCUCUGGCCACGCCCUUUACCUCAAGCACAUCAGACCAAAUGGUUGGAGCAGUGCUUUUUACUGGCUACUGGGUGGCAGCUAUGCUGGGCAUGCCCAAGGCUAGGGAAGGACACUGGCCAACCUCCCUGAAUAGCCUCAGAUUAAUUUCUUCUCCCAAGAGGGCUUCCUUCUUGUGACAGUGUCUUGAAAGCCAGCAGCCUUCCUAUACCCCUAGGAGCUAUUUCAGUUCUUCCUUUAAGGACUCUGCUGGAAACUGACAGAAUACAGCCCUCUCUGUCUAUGUGGUGGAGGGUGGAGGUUGGAGAUGUCACCGGCACAUGCUUCAGUGCUGGGUGUGUGCAGGUGUGAGGGUAUGGCUGUGAAUGUGAGCAUGAUGGGGGUGUAGACAUAUCUAGGGACCAAAUGUCCUUUGUACUCUGCCACUGAACAAUUGCAACAAGCGCUAUUAAGCUUCCUAGGACUUUCAUGCUCCACUGUGUGGGAGAUCAGGUGUCUUCCAAACUUCCCCUUUUAUGGUCUAGUAGCCUUGCUGUAGAAGUAACUCAGAUGAAAAUCUAUUGCUGUGUCUCUGUCUUUUGUCUGCUGCUCCAUUCUGCAUCUUAACUGGAAACUUUGGCUGUUUUGGCCGUAGGUGAUUUCCUAGACCAGGAAAAGGGUCAAUGCUUCUAGAAGGAGCUUGAACACUUAGGGAGAUCUGAGGCUGCAGCUGCCUGGGGAAAGAAAAUGAGCAAUAUGGAGAAGCGGAGUGCCGUGUCUUGACAACACUGGGCAGGUUUCCUGGCAGGCGUGGGGUCGUGCAUGUGGGUGGAUAUUUGUGGCCCCGCCCAGGCUGUGCUGGGGAACCGCCACUGUAGCCACAGCCUGGCUCCCCAGCAGUUUUCCUUGAGAGAUGGGGGCUGUGAGGGGCCUUCUGAGAUUCUACUCUCAGCGGGAAGUCCGCUUCACCCCACAGGACUGGCAGGGUCUGUGUGCCCUUUUGAAGAGGGGUCUGUGUCCCCGAUCAUGCUCCUGGGGUGGGGUGGGGGAAUCUCAAGCAGGGGUGGAUUGGGGUGAGAAAUUGUUAAUAUUUUAAUAUUUUCAGAUGCUGGCUGUGUUUAUUUUUGAUUUGGGAUCCAAAAUAUUUAGGGUUGAACUGAUUUCAGUUGUUUUCCUGUGCCCUUUUCAUGCAGAGGAAACUGGGUAGAGUUAAGAUGGAAAAUUUUCUGACUAGGUUUUUUUUUUUUUUUUUUUUUUUUUCCUGAAACAGCCAAAGAAACAGACUUCACAGAGUAUCAGGGUGACUUUGCCACUCCCCAGGACUAGAAUCCGGGGCUGAGGUAUGGAGGACUAGGGCUGUUUCUUCCAAUGUUGUUAGAAAAAGCCUUUUGGGGGCUUGGGGUAGGUUGGGAAGAAUUGUACAUGAAGUACAUUUUAUUAUUAGGCAGAGAAACAUAAGAGAAGAAAAGCUCAUGGUUAACCUUGGGCUUGCUUUGCUUGCAUGUAAAAGACCUUUGGGGGAACCACGGGGAUUGCUGGGGAGCAGUAGGAAGGAGUUGAAGGCGUAGAUGAGUAGCCCCCCCAGGAAGAGUACAAGUUCUCACUGGGCCUUCUCUCCUAGCUUUGCCUUCCUCUGUCUCCAGAAUAAAGGGAGGCAGGCUCAGCAGCCUGGGGGCUUGAGGACCCUUGGGGCUGUGCUUCUUGCUCUGGGGAGACGGCUAAUGUCCAGAUCAGGAGUGAAUAAGGUAAUUGAUGGAGUGGGUAUUUCAGGAAGGGGAGUUAGAGCAGAGAGAGGAGGUCAAGUUCUUUUGUCAGGUGUCUGGAAGGCUGGAAGGAGGAUAGAGAGUUUGGUGAGUCAUGGAGUAGAAAGUGGGGAUCCGGGGGUAAGCCAUUGAGACCAAAGCCAGGGGACAUCCAGGCUUACUCCUCUCUUUGGGGCAUGUGGUAACUCAGCUACCCCUAAGGGUGCAGGAUGCAGGUUGGAGGUCAUCCCAAGAAAAGGAAGAGAAGCUAUUGCCUCGGGGUGGGGUCAGGCUGAGAAGGGGGGCAGCUGUGGGAGGGAGAUACUCUUAUUGCAAAAAGACUCUGGGGUUGGGGUCCUGGCAUAUAGGCCCAGACUGGAUCUUGAAGAAGGUCUUGCUUCUUAACUAGAUCUCCUUGCUUCUUCUAGAAUUAGCCUAUAACACUAAGUGCCCAAAGCUUACAGGGACAUAUUUUUUGUGAUGUCUUUCAACUUUAUCUCUUUGUUAUUGGGGGCUCCUCAGGCCCCCAAAUAGGAUGCUUGUCUUGAGAUCCCCAGGCUAGCAUGGCCAGCUCUGGCCUGGGAGAAGGAAGAAUCAUUCUGUGCACGUCGUGUUCUGUGUCCUCAUAAGCAGAAGUGGCAGGUGGCCUUUUCCUCCUCUCUCCUGGUCUAAAACUGGUCCUGGGAACCUGUUGCUGGUGAUGAAGAGAGGGAUUGGGGCUUGGCUUUUGCAUUUAUUAUUCUUUCUUCCUGAGUAGAGACUACCUUCAGACCGUGAAGCACCACAGCGGCUUUAUACCUGGAAUUUUUUUCCCAGUUUCUGUUUCUUUGAUAGGUUAGGCCACCGGUCUGGUGGACCGUGGUGGGGAAAAAGGCUAACCCUGAGAUCAGCCCAGCCAUGCCUCUGUCCUCUCUGAUCUCUCCAACUCUGCCUCCUUUUUGAUCAAGAGGCAGAAUUCAAAAUCUCUUCUUUAGAAGAAGUCAGUAAAUCAAGAAUCAAAGCCCAGAUUGGAUUUAAGCACUCCUAACAAUUUGCUGUGUGCUUAGGGGUAUCUAGUACCACCCACCCCUCGAUUGGUAGUGAGCCCACACUGGUCCAGUGUUUCAGUUCCGGGCCUCCCUGUUUGUACUUUCAAAUAAGUUUUUCAUGAGCAAAAAAAACCCAAAACAAAACAAAACAAAAAACCCCAAAAACCCACCAGAUGUUUUGUGUAUUGGGUUGUUGAGAGGGUAGAAGCGUUGUCAUGACCUUAUUUUAAGCUGAUAGAAAAAUUCCUAGCCAAUGAGUCUGAUCUAAAGACACUCCCAUACCCCAAGGGUUUCUGUGUAGGAUAAGGAAAAAUUAAGAAUUAGUGCAAAUAUCAUUAAUGGUUGGCUUGCCUUAGAGAAGGAUGAGUCAGAGUAUCUUGAUUUCUAAAUACUUUGGUAGAACAGCAACCAACAGUUGGAACCACGUGGAUUUGCCCUUCCGUGGUGGUCUGCGGUGGUCUUCAAGGUUUCUGGAGAGCACUGAUGACAUAGUUGUUAGCUUUGUGCUGCUGGCCAGGAGGACUAGAUCGGGGAAUUCAAGUGGUACAAAUUCCUGUCCCUGGUCCCUUGGCUCUCUGCCUCUUCCAUUCCACUAGAUGGGGACAUUGAAUGGUUCUCUGGGCCUUGGAGAAAUUGUGCUCCAUCUCCCCCUGGGCACUGGGUUUCCUGGAUUUAUUUUAGGAACUAGGGCAAGCUCUUUUCCUCCAUCCCACAUACAUACCAGUUAGGUUCCCUUUUCCUUCCUUACCCCACUUACUUAUGGCUCCAGGGAUCUUGAACUUGUGCAUGGUUUACAAUGGGGAGAUGGUUGGGUGGGGCAGGGAAGCCGGGCAGGGAGAAAGGUUGGGCUAGGGAGGGGGGAUUUGCAUUUUCAGCCUUACUAAUACUGCAAGCAUGCUUUUGGGCCAUGUGUGGGGUCUUUACCUGUGUGUAAGGAAGGGGAAAAUGCCAACUCCUCAUAUUGGUCAGGAGGGCUUAGGGCCUUUUUGUUUCCUUUAGGUUAGGGCACCUAUGAAACCUUGUUUCCAGUGGAGGGGAGUAGACCUCCUCAUGGUCACGUUUAACCCUUAGAAGGGACAUUGUCAAUCACUCUGUCAACGCAUAUUUAUGUUGCCUAUUGCGAACAACCAGAGGUCUGUCACGAGUAGACGGUGUUCUGGCUGGGUCUGAGAAAUAGGGUUGUUUUGCCUGUCCCCCUGCAGUGACGAGGUUCUCAGUCUGGUCUCUAAGCCCCAGCCAGCUUCUAUUCUGUGCUCCUUUCCUGGGCUCAGGAAGUAAGAGUGUGUAUGUGGUGUGUGUGUUGUGUGUGAUGGUGUCUGUUGUAGGUGUUUGUGUGGUGUGGUGUGUGUUGGUGGUGUGUAGGGUGUGUGUGGGCUAUGCUGUGUGGGUGUUUGUGUAUAGUGUGUGGGUAUUUGUAUGGCGUGGUGUGUGUGUGGUGUGUGUGAGGGGAUUUGUAAGUACACACUAAUUCACCUGAGGAGCACCGGGCCUCUUUUUGGUUGAUUCUUUCUCUCGUAGGCAACUUCUGUUUUGGUAGGAGGGUGAAGUUAAUAAUAUAUCACCUUUAGUGUAUUUUUUAUGAAGAUUGUAUAUAAAAUUAUAUAAAUACAUAUAAUUGUUCUAUUUUAAGGAGACAGGGGAACUUCUGUAAGGGUGGGCGGGCACAAGCAUCAGAUGCAAUAGUCAUGAGUAGAAGGCUUCAGGCACGUGGGACACCAGGGGAGUGGGGAAUGGGAGGCAGGAGCCUGCGGCCGGGCCAGAGGGGUGGGGGCCAGCGCCCUCAGCACACAUAUGUACUUAGAGAGAAAACCUAUAUAAAGUCUAUCUAGCUAGCUUAUCUAUAUAUCUAUAUAUCUAUAUGAAGUCAUAGUUUGCUUUAUUUUUGUACCUGUGCUUAGAGAUGUUUGGAGCAGGACCACCUGCCCAGGUGGUCUGGGAUACUAGCUCAUGCCUUGACGCCCCUCCUUCCCCAUCCUUCUUCUAUGCCUCUUCCUUGGAGACACUCUGUUCAGAGUUGCUUGGGUAUUUCUGGUGGAAAUAUAUAUAUGUGAAAAUUUUACAAACAACAAAACCAUCUAAAUGAGCCAAAAGUGGUGGAGGAGCUACUGAGUCUAAUAGCUCCUUAAACCAGGAGUCACAGUAUUGUCACAGUAUUCCUUGUCACUGGGAGGGGCCACUAUGGUUUGAAAGCUUUGGCACAGGUGCUUAAUAGUGAGGAUGGAAAUUGAAUUCAUCCCCACAUUGCUGUGGGUUGGUCCUCAGUUCCUCUGAAGGAAUCCAGCUCAGCAGCAGUAGAAGGAGAAAGUCAAGAUGACUUCAGGGGCUUCCAGCCCCCAUCCUGACUCGAGCAUUCCUGGAGGGUGUGGUGGUGAGAGGGAGGUGUCCCGAGGUAGCUUUGAGAGGCCCAGGCGUGGACUCAGUCUUGGAGAAGAAUACCCUGCUCGCUCUUGCUGCAGCUUCUUGGAACCAGUGUGAAUGUGAUAGCCAGUAGAAAUAUAUGUUUUUGUUCAGUUAGCAUUUUAUGUGGAAAAUGAGGUGGCAUUGGAGAUGGGAUGGUCCAGUCUGGGGACAGUAAGUGGAGGAUGCAGAGUGAGAGAACUUUGGGCAUAAUGGGGAGGGUGGGGCCAGGUGGAAACUUUUUCUGGCCCUGGCCUGGGGCGUAGAGAACUGAACAAGGUAGAACUGAAGACUUUGCCCCAAAACUGGGGAUUCUGGGGACCGGGAGUGGGAGCUCCCUUGUAUUUGAGUGGGAAACUUUGUGUGCCCUGCAGAAUGCCUCUCUGAGAAUCCAAGACCUCAGGUAGGCUGCAACAGCCACACACCUUGCAGCCUCAGCAGGCCCCCCAGGGUGCCAGCCCUUUCUUCUGACUGGCCCAGAGCUGAGAGUGAUGCUUUUGAAGCUGGCGCAGGGCCAGAUGGUGUGGGUGAGGCUUGUGGAUGGAGUCUGUGCUCUCAGUCAUGCCUGUCAGCUGAAGAAAGGCCAUGCUGACCCUCCUCCCCAACCAAAGUGUCAUGCUUUCCAAGAGCAUUUGUCUCAUAGGGUUUGAUCAUUAGAGGAAGGAAUGCAGAUGCCUCAGCCUUGGGCAGGGCUCUUUGAACAUUUUUGGGCUAUUAUGGAAAGAGUGUUAAGGAUAGGGUGGAGCUUGUGUCUGAUUCCUGACCCUUCGGCCUGCAUAACGAAGACCAUAUGGGUCACUGGCCUUCACUCAGGCACUGUCCUUGGGCCCCUGGAAUUACCUGCUCAAAACCCUUUCCCCUUUUCAUGGACACUGAAGGAAGACCGUCUCUUGUCCGUGCAGUAUGGAAAGGCUCCAACACUGGGUCCAAGUGGCAGUGUGUCUGUCCUUGGGUGUGAUUAAUGUGUCCUGUAGUCUUGCAGGCCAAAUGAGGAUUCAGCCAGAUGUUUCUUAUAAACUUUUUUUAGGGACGUUGAGCAAGAGAAAAAGCAGCAUAUUCCAUGUCCCUUCCUGGUUUGCAUCCCCUUCCAACCUGGCAACGCUUCUGCACAAAGGAGGCUUUCCAUUCCUGUUCUCUCAGCGCCCAGAGCAACCCUCCUGUCUCUCCACUCACCCUGCCCCACAUCCAGUGCAAAUGUAACCAGUAGAAUAAAUGUCUUCAGCAGGACAGCCCCCCUGAAGGUCAGUACCUCCACUCUGUCUAGGGUUAUUGUACACUACUUCUGUCCACAUUAAGCCCAAGGCUCCAUCCUCAGCAACAUCAAGGUGUAUGAGACCAAGAGUCACUGACUUGCACACUCACAUCCCAUUUUUAGCCUCCAGUUGGGCUUUUCAGUUAUUUGAGGAAAAGUGAAGACAAGAGACAUAGCCCCUGCCCUGAAAUGAUGGAGAUGUAAUCAAGGGGAUGUAAUCCUUAUCUUUGCCCUUUCCAUAAUCCUGGCCACAGCCCUCGGAGAGAUGGUGGAAGGGUGGACACGGGAGAAGAAAGGAUAGAUAGCCAAGCAAAGGCACAAAUGGGCUGGGAUCUGAUUGUAUUUGGAGCAAGCAAAAUUUCCUGUCUUUGAACCUUUCAGGUAAGGGACAGGUGGGGGGAUGGGUGCUCUGAUUGAGCCUUGGAGGCCCACUGUCACUUCCAGGAGGAACUUGAGACGUUCUGUAGGCCUGUGCCAUACUCCCUGGCUCCCAUGCAGUGGGAUUGUUGGGAUUUUGCUGUCUCUGUCUGCUGUAUGGAAGGAGCAUUUGGAGCAAACAGAUCUACUGGGGGCUGCUCACCCAAGGGUCUUGUGGGCACCAUCCUUUCCCCUAUUACAUCAACCAGGAGCUUGGGGAAGGGGGGUUUGUUCAUCGCUCUUUGGCUUCUUGCUAGGCCCUUUCACUCCUCUGUGCCAUCGAUGUUUGGCACACCGUGGACAGUGUGAGAGCAGGGUGAGUGGAGCAGCACACACACUGCCCAUGAGAGAUGGCCGAAAUACUGGAGGGUGGGGUCUCCAGGUGUGCAGCACCCAGGGGCGGGAAGGGAGCGCCUCCUGGACCAAUCAGUUGCUGGAACUGCAGGCUGAAGUGUCACAAGUGGAACAGUUGGUUUAGUAGAGAAUAGCAGUUUAAAGCUCCAUUUACUGAGUCGUACACAUCAACCUCAAAAAACUUUAAUGUCGCUUUUGGAUUUAAUUUCCUAACUGCUGUCUGUGGGGCCAGAGGUUGAGGGCAUGGAUGGGAUGGACUUUUGCCAGGUGCUCCUUUUUCACAGCACUGAUUGGAGGGACCACAUCCUGUUCCUGUCGGAGACGUCUGGCUCCUUUUCUCUUCAACUUUUCCUCUUGUCCCAGGGGAAAUCUGUCAUCCUGGAUGCAAUCUUCCACUGCACGCCUAGAGGCAACUUUGUAUGAAUUGCUGUCCCCCAUCUCGCCCAGUGGUCUGUAGACACACAGAUGGGGGUUGACUGGGCAGUGUGGGUGGGGAGGGGCUUCUGCUGCCACCGCCCAGGACCCCUUUUAAGGGGCCCAUACCUCUAGAUGCCCAGUGGCCUCUUGCAUUAGUUCUUUUCUGAUGAGCCUGGAUAUGACUUCUCAGUUUCGUCGUGGGAGUUCUUGCUCUCAUUUCGAACUCUUUCAUUUCCUUCUCCAACUUUCUUUGGGGGUUACCCUCCAUCCAUGCUAGGUCUUCUGAAGACCUUUCCUACUCGUUUCCAUUUCUUGAAUGUCAAGUAUUACAACAUCACUGCGCUAGGGUGCUUUAUGGUGCUGUUCUUGAAGAGGCCAGCUGGACUGAACCUCCUUUGUCCCACUGGUUCCUUAAAAUUUGCUGUAUUUUAUCUUUUAUUUGAUUUUUUUCCCUAGGGGUUUGGGGUGGGGGGCUUAGGGGUGGCGUUUGUGUUCUUUUCUGUAUGUAUGGGCUGGUGAAAGUCAGUGUCACGGGCAGCUGACCCAUGGCAUUGGUCCACUGACUUUGGUUAACUGUUAAAGACAAACCAACGCAUUGUACAGCUGCACACAGAACACCUUUGAGUGUGAACUUAAAUGGCAACUAGAGGCUUACUAUUUGAACUUCAGGUAUGUAACUGAAAAGUAAAUAAAAACACUAUUUUUUCAGUAAGCUUUUUUUUUCUUCUAAAGGACAACUUAGAAAUCAAACUUUAAGAACAUUGAAUUGGUGCUGUACCAAAGCCUUAUUAUGAACAUACUCUAUACUCUGUGUAACCUGUCUCCGGUGAGCUCCCUGCUCUGUCACCCUCUUCUCAAAGCCUGGGAAUGCCAGCGGGUGCCAAGCCUGGGCCUGGGUCUGGGAGACCUGUGGCCAAGGGGACCCCUUGGAGCAGAGGAUGAUGGUAAAGAUGGGACAUUGUUCUGCUUCCUGAGUGGACUCGGAAAGGAAAGCAGGCAUUUGUGAGUAUGUGUGUGCAUGUGUGAGGGCUGGGGUGUGUGUACACAUGUGUGUGGGUGUGCUGACAGGUGCACAAUGCCAAAGUGAAUGCACUAACUGGGGGCCUGAGAGGGAAACCCAGGUUGACUCUGGGUGUGGGGCGGUCAUGGUAAUGAAAAGGGGAGCGCGUUCACUCCCCCGUUGCCUGUCCCCUACACUGUCCUCACUGUCAGGAAAGGGAAGUGCGUGGAAACAGCUACACUUUCCACUAGGUGCUUUUUCCUCUAAGUCUGCAAACUCUUAAGCAUUUAUAAAGGGCCUGUCCAAGAGGCAGCCUUCUCCAUCCACCAAAUCACAAGCUGUCAAGACGGGGAGGAACCCUUCUCAACUCUUGUUGGCUUUCUUGGGAAAGGGGCUUCCUCCCACAGUGACCCUUGACCUUCCAUUCCUGGGUCUGGGCCUGCUCUACCUGCUGCCCCACCAGGUGGGCUCCCACUUGGUGGUCCUCCCCCUCUUCCCAGUCAACGAAGAAGACCCGAAUGGAGAUGGCCCCUGAGCCACGCCUGCUCUGUGGCUUUAAGCAAUAAUGCCUUCCCUGGCUACCAAGGACAGUGACUCCUUUGGCCUUAGUCUCUUGCCAGUUAAAAGCGGAGUGACCCCUCAACCUCAGUCAGGGAGAGAAUGAGUCUGUGGCCUGCCAUGGCUCAAGCUACGUGCCCGGCUCCACUCGCUGGUAUUUUCAGGCUUGCCGGCUACUAACCAACUUAUUGCCAGUAACACUGCAUGUUCAUAUAGUGAGUU